GCGUGACCCGGCCGCACGAGUAGCUCUAUCCGCUGUCGACACAAAGACACGCAUGCGCAUUGGACAAGCGGCUAUCUUCCUCUCUUUCCGGACGACCCCUCCCCGUCGACCCUUCUUCCCUCUUGUCUCCCAACGCCCUCCUCAAACUAUCCCUCUCCCCCUCCCCUAAUUUUAACGCACAAUAGUCAUAGCAAUCUCUCCCCCCCCCACCUCCUCUCCUUCGAAAACACGGCCUCAGGAGGGAGGGAGGGAUCAUGCUAUGGGGUCUUUUUGAUUUGAAAUUUAGAGCAGAAAGGGGUUCGAAUUAUCUGGAAUAGGGCAUCUGCUCUUUCCUCCUCCUCGUCUCCCUCUGGAUGGAGGCGGUGGCGGGAGGCCGCUGCAGCUGUAGUAGCUUCUUCGAGAAUGGACAGGACGUCUGUGUUGCUUGCGGCCGGUCGCGGCAGAAUAUGAGCACGAGCACAUCCUUCUCCACGGCGACUUCGGUCGCUGGUCGAGGCGAUGGAGGUAAUGGCAUCGCCGACAGGGGCGCGUCUCUUUACAUCUCCCGGUUGCUCGUCGGGGCGCUCACUGGGCUUUUCGCACUCGCUGGAGCUUUCACUGGAGCAGUUACUGGUGCAUUGGCAGGCCGGGCUUCUGAUAGUGGUGUCCUUCGUGGAGCAGGAUUAGGAGCUGUUGCUGGAGCUAUUCUUUCUGUUGAAGUUUUAGAGGCUUCUCGUGCCUAUUGGUGCUCUGAGCGAUCUGGUUCUCGAAAUACAUCAUCCAUGGCAGACUUUAUAGAGGAGCUCCUUCAUGGUCGGUUGGUACAUGAACAAUUCGCACCUGCAAUGUUUACGGCAUACCGCUGGCAGGUUAGCAUCUCAGACCUAGGCCAGGAUGAGAUGUAUGAUAUCUUUGGAGAGGUUGCGUCAAAUGGUCUAUCAGGUGAAUCACUAAAGAAGUUACCAUGUCAUGUAAUAACUGAUGAGAAAAAAGAUGGCUGCAGAGAAAGCAUAUGUUGUGCAAUUUGUCUGCAGGACAUGGUGACUGGGGAUACCGUGAGGAGGUUGCCGCUAUGUUCGCAUACAUUUCACUUGUCAUGUGUGGACAAAUGGCUCAUCAGGCAUGGCUCAUGCCCCGUAUGCAGGCAGGAUGUGUAGUCCUCAUCUAUUUUAUAUACCAAAGAUGAUGUAUACGCCAUCUGCUCUUUUACAUCCAAGAUCAUCCAUCCGGCACUGUCCAAUCCUGUCCUGUAAAGAUACAUGUAAAAUACCUAUCUUUCAUUUGAGGAAGUUAACCUGCAGUCAUGCAGUUGUAGAUCCGAAUGUUACUAUUAUACCAUGGGACACUUCUUUCUCUUGAAUCUUGUGAUAAGAGUCGUUGGUGUUAUUUGUCA